CAGUGCGUGUGCCAGCUGUGUGAACACACCAACUUCACCUGCCAGACGGAGGGCGCGUGCUGGGCCUCGGUCAUGCUGACCAACGGGCGCGAGGAGGUGGUCAAGUCCUGCGUCUCCCUCCCGGAGCUGAAUGCCCAGGUCUUCUGCCACAGCUCCAAGAACGUCACCAAGACCGAGUGCUGCUACACCGACUUCUGCAACAACAUCACCCUGCGCCUGCCCCUCGCGUCCGAGUCCCCCGGCAGGGCUGGCAGGCCGGCGGUGCUGGCGGUGACGGUGGCGGUGCCGGUGUGUGUGCUGGUGCUGCUGGCGGUGCUGGCCGCCUGCUCCUCCCGGGGCCGCCGGCGCUGCGCCCGCCGCGGCCGCAAAGCGCCCACCGUGGAGGAUCCCCUGGCCGAGGCCAACCUGGGCAGCUCCGGCAAGACCCUCAGGGACCUCAUCUACGACAUGACCACCUCCGGCUCCGGCUCCGGUUUGCCUCUGCUGGUCCAGAGAACCAUCGCCAGGACGAUUGUCCUGCAGGAAAUCGUAGGAAAAGGCCGCUUUGGCGAAGUCUGGCGCGGGAAAUGGUGCGGGGAGGAUGUGGCUGUGAAAAUCUUCUCCUCCAGAGACGAGCGGUCCUGGUUCCGGGAGGCAGAGAUUUACCAGACGGUUAUGCUGAGGCACGAGAACAUCCUGGGCUUCAUCGCUGCCGACAACAAGGAUAACGGCACGUGGACUCAGCUCUGGCUUGUCUCCGAGUACCACGAGCAGGGGUCCCUGUUCGACUACCUGAACAGGGGCACGGUGACGGUGGAGGGCAUGGUCAGGCUGGCGCUGUCGGUGGCCAGUGGCCUGGCCCACCUCCACAUGGAGAUCGUUGGCACACAAGGGAAGCCAGCGAUUGCACACCGAGACCUGAAAUCCAAGAACAUCCUGGUGAAGAGGAACGAGACCUGCGCCAUCGCUGACCUGGGCCUGGCGGUGAAGCACGACUCGGUGCUGAACACCAUCGACAUCCCCCAGAACCCCCGCGUGGGCACCAGGAGGUACAUGGCUCCCGAGAUCCUGGACGACACUAUGAACAUGAGCAUCUUCGAGUCCUUCAAACGAGCAGACAUUUACUCCCUGGGGCUGGUGUACUGGGAGAUAGCCCGCAGGUGCUCCAUUGGAGGAAUCACUGAGGAAUACCAGUUGCCUUACUACGAUGUUGUGCCUUCUGAUCCUUCAAUAGAAGACAUGAGAAGGGUUGUCUGUGAGCAGAAGCUCAGACCGAAUAUUCCAAACCAGUGGCAAAGCUGUGAGGCGCUGCGGGUGAUGGGCCGGCUGAUGCGGGAGUGCUGGCACGCCAGCGGCGCCGCGCGCCUCACCGCCCUGCGCGUCAAGAAAACCGUCUCGCAGCUCUGCCUGCAGGAGGACUCCAAGGCCUGACCGGCCUCCCUGCGUCAGGAGACGGGAAGGGAUUCUGCUCUUCAUCUUUCCACGUGUGAUAGUAUUUUCAUUUCUGGUCUACCUCAGGUAACGUGGUUCAGUGUUGCAGUGCCCGCAGCAGAGCACUGACCUCGGGCGUCGUGUUCAGCUGUGGAAAGAGGCAGCUUGGGACUCAAAGGUCGGGUUUGGUGCAGCAAGGCUGUGACUUGCUUUGGUGUUGUGAGUAAAUUGGACACCAGGCGAAUGCAGGAAGGAGCUUAAAGCAUCACAGCAGUGUAAAAAUACUCUUUGCUGUUGCACUUUUCAUCCUCCUCAGACCCCAAAUGUCCUGGAAAUGUCUGGUGUUGGUUAAAGCUGUUUGCAAAAAAAACCCUCAUGUUCUGUCCUCGAACCGAGUAAAAGACCAAAUUUAGCCCAGCUUUUCACCUAUUUUUAUGCAAGAGUCUGAAAAGGGGCUAUCAGUAAAUGCAUUUUGAAUUACUAUAUUUAUUAUUACCUAAGCAAUUAAAAGAGAUGGAAAUUCCACUAAGGGUGUACCUUAUGAACAAAACCAUUGAGUCAGUUCUCUAUUAACAUUUAUAUUUAUUGUCUCAGUUUCACACACAAUAUUAUGGUUAGGGUUUCCGUUGUUUUACUCUGUUUAUUUGUUUGUUGAACAGAUCAACCAAGGGAUAACUUUUCUUUCUAACAGUUUGUAGAAAAAAUAAUAGAGGCAAUACUUUCCAUUAGUUACAUAGGGGUAAAGUGGGAGAAAUUCUACCUAACCAGAGAAAAUAUUUAUUUUUAACAAAAUCUUGCUAAUCACUGGUAAUAUUUUUUUAGUGCCUUUUGAUGUAUUGGGGGAGGCUUUAACAAAAACCAAUAAAGCCUUUUCAGAGGUUUCUUAUGGAAUUCUGUAACACAGCCAGGCUGGUGACGAGUAUUAGCAUCUCUGAUCAUGUUUCCACAAUACCACACCCAUCAAAGUGAGGUGUUGUAUCAGAAUUCACUGAUGUUCUGGCAUUUUGUGAACUGAUCCUUCUCCCCCACUGCAUGGCCCACAUAUUUGAAUAUAGUAUUCUAAUAUUUUUAAUAACCAAAAUUAUACAUUUCAUAACCAUAAGGUUCUUUAAAUCUUUAAAUCCAACUGGUCCAUGGAAAUUAAGCCCAAAGAUAUAGCCCAAAGAAUAGCAAAGCUCUGCAAAAAUCUGGUGUGGUCCACGCAGCUCCCUGGCAGUCAACUGUUGGCUGAUCACAGUGUGUCAGAUCAGUCUUUGGUGUAAAAUCUCUUGAAUUGGAACUGUUGCAGGGAAAAACAGGGUAAACUUUUACUGAGUGGGGUGGUCUGUAGUAUCAGCACUCUGGGUUUCUUCCUGACACACAUCUCCAGGACAUUUUGGAUACUUUAUGGCUGUUAAUUGCCCAUAAAUAGGCUCUGAUGCAAUUUAUGUGUUUGCACAGGUGCUUGUGUUAAAUUAUGCAGGUCUUUCUGUGGUCUGGAGCUGAGCAGUGGAGAAUAUUUCCCUUAAAUUGCUGGUAGACUUUUCUCCAGUGUGGUUUCUGAGGUAUAAUCAAAGGUGUCUCAGAGAUUUGGGCCAGAUUGGAUGGGGCUUGGAGCAACCUGGUCUGGUGGAAGGUGUCCCUGCCCAUGGCAGGGAAGGGAACAAGAUAGGCUUUAAGGUCGCUUCCAACCCAAGGCAUCCUGUGAUUUAAUUCUUAUGUGAUUCAACUACGUGAACUACCCCGUAGAGCUCAGUGGAUGUGACCUUCUAGGCUGCUUGAGGAGUAAUUUUAGCAUGAUCCAAAGCAUGAUGCUGACUUGGGUAUCAAAAAAUUUGCAAACCUAAGAUCCAGCAUUUGUUCUUGUAGAGCAUAAGUUGAAAAAAAUUCCCUAUCUUAAAGGGGAAAAAUCGAAGAUACUUUUUUUUUUUUUUUAAAGUAGGAAAAGGGUUUCAGUUUUCAGUUGCCAUUCUGGCAUCUCUGAAGAUUGUUGAUCAGCCCUGCCAUUUGAACAAGACCCUUUUGGUGCCCAGCUGGGAGGUGUGGGGGGAGGAUUCUCAGGCUCAGCUCCCUUGCACAUGUCAGAGCUCCAGCCCCAGGAAUACUUUAACCCUUCCCCUGCACAUAUCUCGAGGUAUCUGAUGUUAUGGUCUGUUUGUCCUGGAGUUUCACCUAGCUCAGUAUUUUUGCACUGGUUUUCUUUUUUCUUUUGUUGUUGAGACUAGAGUUAAAACAUAACUGAGCCAAGGGCUGAUGAUGUUGUAUUGAGCUCUGAAAUGUUUGCAAACUCUACACUCCUUUAAAGAAACCCCAAAGAACCAUUGUUUUAGUGGCCUUUCCCCUCCAUGUGAAUUUGUCCAGUUCUAAUUUAAGCACAGGUUAUGCCAAGACACUUCUGUGUAGUUUAGGGAGGCUUAGGUUUCCUCUGAGGUUACAAUGUACCUGCUAAUCUUCACAAGUUCUUAAACUCAUAAAAAUUUUCAAGGUCAAGGAUGCUCAAACCCAUCACUACAUUCAGCCUCUCCUAAUUGAUGCUUCUAUUUGGGAGGAGUUACUAAUAUUUUAUACUUCGCUUCUAAUAACAACCUAAAGCUUAAUGCAGGGAUUAUGGACUGAAAGGGAAAGUUAAUUAAUGUUUCCUCUAGCACCAAAUUUUUCUGUGUUUCCUGAGCUGCUGCCCCCAAACAGCCCUUGAGAAAUUCAGGCUGUAAUCUCCUCUGCACUUUGGUACUUUUAUUAUUUGCACUUAACCAAGGUCAUUCCCUCAUGUAACCCUAUAAUGAACCCUACAAGAGUUUAGUCAUUGCUAAGCCAUUUCUUUUCUUGGUAAUAAAUUCAGGAAUUAUGGAUAGAUUUAUUUAGAAAUAUGUCCAGUCCCUACAACAGGUCUGAACUUUGAGCAGGGCACGUUCUUCUCUCGGUCCCCGUCUGCCCAGAGCUCCUGUGCCCCUGGAGGCUCUCCCAGCUCACCCUCACUCAUGGGAAGGAGGGGUUUGGGUUUCAUCCCUUGCGUGGGGAUGGUACUGUGUGAACUGCCUCACCAUUUCGGGUGUGGCCCGGGGUGCUGCUGGGACAGGUGGUGUUUCUGCAGGGCUCCCACCGCAGGGAUGUCACUGGGACCGGAGGCUCUGCUGCGUCCUGCGGGUUCACAGGCAGGGAGGAACAGGCUCAUUUUUGUGUUCCUGAAGGUUAUGGCUCAACCCCCCCUGUUUGGUUUGGUGGGGGUCUGUCAGGCUGUCCUUGGGCUGUCCUUGAGGUGUCCCUGGGGAGUCCUGGGUGCCCCCAGCAGCACCAAGAGCGAGUCCCCUCCUGUGCCCUCAGCUGUCUGUGAUUCCAGGGAUCAUCCCCACGGGCUGUGGGACCCCAAUCCCCCGAAAGCUUUUAGGGAAGGGCAUCCAAGUUCUACUCUAACAGGCAGAACAAUUUAUGAAUGUACAGGGAAUAAGACUGAGGUACAAUAUAUUUCUGCAGAAUAUAAGAAAUGUGCAAUAAGUUGUAGCUUACACUGAACGUAUUUUUGGAUGAAUGGACUAGAUGUAUUUUGAAUGUAGCUAUGAUGUUUGUGUCUAAACCUGCUGUUGUUCACAGUUCCUAAAGAGAAACGUGUCAUAUUUUGUCAAUCUACAAACCACUUCCUGAGUUGUCUGUUUUUAAAAGAAGCAUUAAUAUUUUACUGGAACAUUGUAAUAUUUCUGAAAUAAGUAUAGUGGUGCAGUGCUCAACCCUCGUCUUGUGAAAUACAUGAUCUGUGUACACUGCAGAGUUAUUUUUAAAACUAUUGCUAAAGUUAUUGCUCGAUAUUGCAGCUGCCUGGAUGUAAAUAAUGGUUUAGCUGUUGUAUUUUGUAUGCGGAUUUUUCACCCCACAUACUUUGGGGAAGAUGUGGCUGUUUUAAUAAAUUCAGUGUACUCUGCCCUGGUGUUCCUGUGAAGUGUAAAAUUGUUUUUAUUUUUUAAAAUUUUUAAAAUUGCUUUUUUAAUUUUUUUUUUCUUUCUUAAAAAGACCACUGUGUUAUAGCAAUUGCUUGUGAAUUCUUGCUCUUUGGUCCCUGCGCAUCUCCAGGAAGGUGGCAUCGCCACGGUGCCGGCUGUGCAGGUUUGGUUGUGGCCAGGCAGUCGGGACUCUGGAGCGGAUCCCGAUGGAACAGCAGCAGCCGGUGGCUCAUCGGUGAAUAUCGGCUGCCAUCCCCUGGCCACCGCCGCGCCGGGUGGGCGUCUGUCGCAUGGGAGAGCAGUGCUGCGCUUCCCGCAGCCUGAGAAAU